CCAUUCUGGCACAGAGACAGUCGAAGUUUGACUGAGUGUCGACGGUCCUUUACUGAGGAAGAAAAGACCUACCGUUAGCUCCACACGCCGUGCCUGUAGCCGCGUUGCGUCUUUUCUCCAGCUCGACUCCACCAAGUCUGAAUUCGCAUUAAAUAUGUCUCAUAUCAUUUGUUAUCAAACGCCUCAGGUUAUAAUGUGCAACAAACACAGAAUAAGUACUACUCUAUAGCCAACGGGAUACCAAGGACUCGAUUGCAGUCGCUUCAAGCCUGAUAGUUUGUCCUUGUGGCUGCUUCCCCUCUCCAUUCUGCUCAGUGGUCAGCUGGCAUUUCUUCUGACAACUUCCCAUCCCUCUCCCUGGGUGAAGAAGACUUAGUUCUCACAGCGAUCUUAGUCUGCUUUGCCUGGUGCCUACGUUUGUUUCCUGUUCUGCUCUCAGCAGUGGUGCUUCCCUGGAUUUGAAUUAUUCUCUAUUAGAUAAUUUGUCAAAAUUUUUCCAAGAUGAUUCAAAACGGUUAUUUGAUCUUUGAGGAUGAAAGUUUCCUGGACUCUACCGUGGCCAAAAUGAAUGCCCUGAGGAAAAACGGGCAGUUCUGUGAUGUUAGGCUGCAGGUGUGUGGUCACGAACUCAUGGCCCACCGUGCAGUUCUGGCUUGCUGCAGUCCCUACCUGUUUGAGAUCUUUAACAGUGACAUCGAGUCUCAUGGAGUCUCGCAUGUCACUUUUGAGGACUUGGACCCAGAGGCUGUGGAGAUCUUGCUAAACUACGCCUAUACUGCCCAGUCAGUAGCAGCUCUGACCUUUGACCCUUACGCCCAUCUCUUUAUGAUUCUUAGCCUUUGGUUGAUAACGACUUUGCGUUUUCUGUGUAAUAGACUCAAGGCAGACAAGGAGCUGGUCAAGGAAGUUUACUCUGCAGCCAAAAGGUUCAAAAUGGAGCGAGUCAAACAGAUUUGUGGCGACUACCUGCUGUCUAAAUUGGAUUCCCAGAAUGCCAUCUCCUUUCGAAACUUUGCCAGCUCCAUGGGAGAUGCUAGAUUUUUGUCCCAGGUAGAUGCCUUCAUCCAAGACCAUCUACUGGAAGUGUCUGAACAGGAGGACUUCCUUAAACUUCCCCGCCUUAAGUUGGAGGUAAUGCUAGAAGACAACCUCACCCUGCCCAGCAAUGGCAAGCUCUACUCGAAGGUUCUCAACUGGGUGCAGCGUAGCCUGUGGGAGAACGGUGACCAAUUGGAACGACUGAUGGAGGAGGUGCAAACGCUGUACUACUCACCUGACCAUAAGCUGGUGGAUGGAGGGCUGGUGAUUGAGGGGCACAGUGAGGUGUUUGGUGGCGAGGAGGACCACCUUCAGUUUGUGCAGAAGAAACCUGUACGGGAGAGCGACCAGCGACAGAUGAGCUGCAGCUCUUCAGGAAGCCUGUCUCCCUCCAACCAAGCAGCAAACGCCCCAAAGCAGACCGCCAGGAGAGAGUGGAAAUACAUCGCCUCUGAGAAGACCGCAAACAACAACUACUUGUGUCUGGCUGUGCUGGACGGUGUGCUGUGUGUGAUCUUCUUGCACGGUCGCAACAGCCCUCAGACAUCUCCCUCUGCCACUCCCUGCUUGAUGAAGAGCCUCAGCUUCGAGGCCCAGCCAGAAGAGCUCGAAGAGCAACCGCUCUCACCCAUGCAUUAUGCUCGCUCCGGCCUGGGCACCGCAGCCUUGAAUGGAAAAUUCAUUGCAGCAGGGGGCUACAACAGAGAGGAGUGUCUGAGGACUGUCGAGUGUUACGACCCCAAGGAGGACCGCUGGACUUUCAUCGCACCCAUGCGGACUCCAAGGGCUCGUUUCCAGAUGGCCGUGCUCAUGGGUCAGCUUUACGUGAUUGGAGGUUCAAACGGACACUCUGAUGAGCUGAGCUGUGGGGAGAAAUACGAUCCACGCACUGAUGAGUGGACUCAAGUACCAGAGCUGAGGACGAAUCGCUGCAACGCAGGUGUCUGCUCCUUGAACAACAAACUCUAUGUUGUGGGAGGGUCGGAUCCCUGCGGGCAGAAGGGUCUGAAGAACUGUGACGCUUUUGACCCUGUGGCCAAAACCUGGACCAACUGUGCCUCCCUCAACAUCAGGAGGCACCAGGCAGCAGUGUGCGAGUUGGACGGCUUCAUGUAUGCGAUUGGCGGGGCAGAGUCGUGGAAUUGCCUGAACACCGUGGAGCGCUACAACCCCGAGAACAGCACCUGGACUCUGAUAGCUCCCAUGAAUGUGGCUCGCAGAGGGGCCGCCGUUGCCGUUCAUGCAGGCAAACUGUUUGUUGUCGGCGGCUUCGACGGCACCCACGCUCUUCGCUGCGUGGAGAUGUACGACCCCGCCUGCAACGAUUGGAAGAUGCUGGGCAGCAUGACCUCGUCUCGCAGCAAUGCAGGCGUGGCCAUGCUGGGCGACACCAUCUACGCCGUGGGUGGCUUCGACGGAAACGAGUUCCUUAACACGGUGGAGGUAUACAACCCCGAGACGGACGAGUGGUACGACUGCGCCAAAGCCCCGUCUCCCCUCUCUGACUGAGGGAAGACCGGGAGGAGGGAGAGCAGGGGAUUGGAGUUUCACAGUGCUUCACCUAUUUUCAUUUUCCCCCCAAACUAACAGGCUUAGUGACGUAAUCGUGUUUCGUGAUGAUCUGUGUGUAUGAGCGGAUACGUGUGGGGGUGGGGGGACGU